AUGCUAUGGAAGUCUAACGGCAGCUUUGUAAUACAGCGUACCAUUUCAUCCAUGCUGUGGAAGAGAUUCUACAACUCCUGCUCGAAGGCCAAUGUCCAGCGACGGGCCCCCGGCCGUCUCCCGCUGGUUUUAUGUGGCGUUACAGCGCUAGGCGCUGGGUGCGCUGCAGCGGAAUACCAUCGCAGGAACUACCACGCUGAGCUGUCGCAAGAAUAUUUUACAAAGUACAAGAUAUCCUAUAGGAAGGACAUCGAUAUCGACCACUACCUGCUGGAGUUGACACCCCUCAAGCAGCAGCGGAAUAACAUAUGGGCUCUGUUUGGGGCGCGGAACCUAUGGGCAGUUGAGAUCAAACAGCCAGAGAUUAUGGUAGUGCGACAGUACACGCCACUGCCGCUCGUAGCGGACGAAGACGGCGAGCAGCUCAGGGCGCUGCGCGACGGCGACAAUGGCGGUGGCAAGCUGAUGCUCUAUAUCAAGGAAUACGGGAGCGGGGAGGUCGCGCGUUGGCUGCGCAAGCUGCCGAAGGGCCACAUUGUCGAGGUCAGAGGCCCGUACCCGGAAUUUGAGUUCCCCGAGUUGGACGCAGACACAAAGCGGGACCGCGAAUUCCUCUGGGGUGGCGAGCCUGCGGCGCAGCUGCCGCGCGCGCGGCCGUUCGACAUCGCGCUGUUCGCAGCCGGCACAGGGAUCGUGACGGCGCUGCAGCUGCUGACGACCGAGGACCCGUUCAAGGGCAAGAUCCAGCUCUUCUACUCCUGCAAAAGCUGGGGCCAACUGGGGCCUCUCGGCGAUCUCCUGCGGCGCUGCGCCCAACAUGACAGGGUUGAUCUGCAUGUCUUUGAGUCCGAGAAGGGGGAGAGCCUCCGUCUAGGGUUGUCGAAGAUUUCUGAUCUUGUUAGCGGUCCCUUCCCAUUCUCGGAAAAUGCUCCGUUUGAACAGCGCCCAAAGGCGGAGCCUGUGCUGUCAUUAGUGUGCGGCCCCGAUGACUACAUCGCAUUUAUAGCGGGCCCCAGACAUGGGCUUUCUCAGGGUCCCGUCACGGGCUUACUUGGCACCAAGGGUUGGGAUAAUUCAAAUGUAUAUAAGCUCUCUUAG